AUGUCGGACGCAGAGCAAGACUCCAUCUUAGGGAAACGUUCGCGGAUACAAGGUGACGGGAAGGAGCCAGACACACUGGAAGCUGUGAACCAAGAGGGAGAGGACAAUGAUGACUCGCAGUCUGAGGAUGUUGGACCUAUGCCCAUGCCGGUCGACGUUGAGAGCAAUGGGGGAGUAAAAAAGAAACGCAAAGUCCUACCUCACGAGCAACUUUACCUCAGCCAUCUCCCCAACGCAGACCAGUACUACAAAAGCUUCAUGCACCGCGAUGCCAUCAACUUUUGCGUUGUAACAAAGACAGACUUUUUGAUAACGACGUCUAUUGACGGGCAUCUGAAGUUGUGGAAAAAGCAAGAUUUAGGAAUUGAAUUCGUCAAGCAUUACCGUGCACAUAUGGCACCUGUAGUGGGUGUAUCAGCGAGUGCAGAUGGUCAACUUUUUGCAAGUGUAUCAGAAGAUGGUAGCGCAAAAGUGUUCGAUGUUGUGAAUUUUGACAUGAUCAACAUGAUUAAACUGGGUUUUACACCCCAUGCGUGUUGUUGGGUUCACCGCAGAGGGCAGGCUCAGGGCCUGUUGGCAGUCUCAGAGCUAGGUACUGGUGUUAUUCGGUUAUACGAUGGUCGUGGCGAUGAUAAGCCAUUAAUUACAAUUGACAAAUUGCAUCGCUUCCCCGUACACGUUAUGUCGUACAGCGAUCGGUAUGAUACCGUAAUAUCAGCAGACGAGAAUGGAUUUAUAGAAUAUUGGCAACCAUCUGAAUCUUUUGAGCCCCCCAAGAAUGUCCCCGGAAUGUGGUCAUACAAAAGUGAAACAGAUUUGUAUGAAUUCAAAAAAGCCAAGUCGAUACCCACAUGCCUGACGCUCUCCCAAGAUUCUUCCGCUUUCGUAACGUUCUCCCUGCCAGACCGACAAAUACGCACAUUUUCUUUCCUCUCAGGAAAGCUCACUCGAAAAUACGACGAGUCGUUAAUAGCUAUACAGGAAAUGCAGCAAGCAGGUACUGCUGUUUAUAAGGUCGAUGAUAUGGAAUUCGGUCGUCGAUUAGCAGCAGAGCGAGAGCUAGAGAUGCCUGGGCCUGAUGGACGCAUUCCUGCCAUGUGGAGUAAUGCUAUAUGGGACGAAAGCGGAGCGUUUAUUCUUUAUCCGACUCUCUUGGGCAUCAAAGUCGUCAAUAUUGUCACGAAUCGAGUUGUUCGGUUAUAUGGUAAGGACGAAGUAGUGCGGUGGCUCAACUUAAGCCUCUAUCAGGGUGCCCCUGCUAAAAAGGGUCUCACUACACUGGCAAUGGCUGCUUCCGCAAAUCCCAUUCUGGCCGACAAAGGCACUAGGGAUCCAACGCUUUUCUGCACAGGAUAUAAGCGUCAGCGCUUCUACAUGUUCACUCGCUCAGAGCCCGAGGAUACCAAAUCUGGCGACCGAGAUGUCUUCAAUGAACGCCCCACCCGUGAAGAGCAAAAUAUUGCAUCUGCAACUCCUGCCCUUGGCAGAGGUGGCCCACCUCCUCUGGCUUCCUCUGCUACAAUCCACACUUCAAUGGGCGACAUUCACCUCCGUCUCUUCCCCAACCAAGCACCGAAAGCUGUGGAGAACUUUGUCGGUCACUCGCGCAGUGGAUUCUUCGAAGGUGUCAUUUUCCACCGUGUCAUUCCAAAGUUCAUGAUCCAGACUGGCGAUCCACUUGGUGAUGGUACCGGGGGGAAUUCGAUCUGGGGUCGAGAGUUUGAAGACGAGUUUGCAGAUGACCUGAAGCACGAUCGACCAUAUACAGUGAGCAUGGCGAACGCAGGACCAGGAACAAAUGGUUCGCAGUUUUUCAUCACCACCACAGCUACCCCAUGGUUAGAUAGGAAACACACGAUAUUUGGUCGCGUGUUUUCUGGGCUUGAAGUCGUACACGCUAUCGAAAAUGUGAAAGUGAACAAAUUGGACAAACCACUGGAGGAUAUCAAGAUCGUAAAUGUUGAUAUAGAUUAGGGCCUUGGUCAUGUUCCUCGAGAUAGUGCGUCAAUGUAUACUGUAUGUAACGACAUAUCUAUCUUUUAGUACCCUUGAGUCAGAGGGCCACACGAUCGAAUGUAUCAACAUGGUGAAGAAUGG